AAGACCAUUGGGUGGGGCAUCUCAUACCCAAGUUUCCCUUUAACAUCAAUAAUACCAACAUGUACCAGGUAUCAACCAUAUAUGACAGGUACCUGUAGGUAUUUAUAGAUUUACUGCGUUGGAAGUCACAAUAUUAAAUUAUUUGCAUUCAAUCCUUUCAGCAAACAACUACAAGUACAUAGAGUACUCAUCUUGCCACAAUCCGAUCGUGGCCCCUCAUGUCCCCUAAGCAAAUAUUCCCUCCCACCACAAAAGUCUCCGUUUCUCUAUUUAUUCUAUAAAGAUACUACUGUUGUUGCUUUUCCUGGCAUUCGAAUAUCGAAAUCUCUGUAGGUUAUAGAGCUGUGAAAGGUUACUGCUUCUUGAACUAGUGAUGGCUGGCCGUGCCAUUUCAAUACGCUUUGGCCUGGGCGCACUGGUCUUCGGCCUGCUCGCCGUAUUCCUGAAGCCAUUCCGGGAAUUUCUACUUUUAAAUGCUAGUCGCUAUAACAUUCAACUACCCUUUUUGGAACAGACAUUUCCAGUUAUCUCAAUUGACCAUAUCCGCGAAAUUACCUACAUCGGCAAUUAUUAUAAUGGCGUUGAUCAUUUUCAGAAUAUCUUCUAUGCGGAAGAUACUUCGGGCAAUAACCGGUUUGCACCACCCGUUCCUAUCAAGCAUGAGAAGGGAUCGUCUAUCGACGCUACGCGGUCCGGUGCCUGGUGUCCGCAAGGGACAGGUGAUGUUCUUCCGUUCACGAGUAAAGUUGUUAACAUUAGCGAGAACUGCUUGAGCCUAAGGAUUGCUCGACCACACGGCACAGCCCCGGAUGCCAAAUUGCCGGUAAUGGUCUGGAUACACGGAGGCGGUCAUGCUCUAGGAUCAGCAUCAGAUGUCCUGUAUGAACCUGAUGGUCUAGUGAAACAAGCUGCUGCAGAUAGACAGCCGGUAAUUUUCGUUGGAAUCAAUUACCGCCUUGGCUUCUUCGGCUUCGCGGCUAGCAAGGCGUUACUAGAUACUAAGCAUACUAACGCUGGCGUACGCGACCAACGCGCUGCACUUGAAUGGGUUCGUGACAACAUCGAGAGCUUUGGUGGUGAUCCACUGCGUGUCACUGCCGUCGGUCAAAGUGUUGGGGCCAGCGAUAUCGCUUUGCAGUUACUUGCAUUCGGAGGGAAAGCUGAUGUCCCAUUUCAACAGGCCAUUAUGAUAUCCGGUAGUCAUGGGCUAAACAUCAACACCAAAUCGGAUCUCGUAGUAAAUAACACUGAGGCCGUUGCUAAGGAAGUAGGAUGUAUUAAAAAUGGGAACAGCCAAUCGGUGGAGACUUUACAAUGUUUACGGGAAGCGCCUUUUGAGCUACUAACCAAUCUCUCCGUUACGGCUUCUCGUACUGCGCGCCCACCAUUCGGGGAAGCGUUUUUCUAUCCUACGUAUGACAAUGAUUUCCUGAUCGACCGCCCUUCCCAAUUGUUGCACGCCGGAAAGUUCACCAGGGGAAUACCGGUGAUUGCGUCCUGGGUAGCAAACGAGGGUGCUUGGUACCCUCCUCCUACGACGUCAACUGAUGAAGAUGUCCUGGCUAACUUUGGGCUAUGGUUGACCGGCCACUCCGAGUCUACAAAAGCGAAGCUCCUAGAACUAUACCCCGUCGAAGAUUUCGAGAGCAUGGUGCGGCCAGAAUACGACGGACCCAUCACAGCGCAGUACUAUCGCGCAGCGCAACUAACCAAAGACCUCUGGUUCACCUGUCCCGUGCUCGAUUUCGCAUGGCAAUACGUGAAGAACGGUGGUAUAGAGGCAUCACAACUGCGAAUAUAUGAGCAUAAUGCAACGCGAUUCACGCCGUCCUAUGAGAUGAUGGGCGUGCCUAUGUGGCGUGUGGCCCAUCUCAGCGAUAUCCCAUAUGUGCUAAAUAUCCAGCGUUUAGGCGGAGGCGCGGACAACUCGGUAUUUCAGCUCGAACUAGCGAAAACCAUGAGCCGGAGCAUCGCGAAGUUCGUAACGUCUGGGAGUCCUGAUGGUGGAUCUGAAGGAUGGCCCGCGGCAUUCGAUGGAGUAACAGAGGAAGAAUUUAAGACAGACUUUCCGAGCCGGUUUACAUUGAAAUUAUUUGGUGGCCCGCAUGGUAAUGCGGUCGUUUCUCUCAGAAAGGGUGAAAAUGAGGCCGCGAGUACAGCAGCCGAGCAAGCUGUUAAAUGGGAGAAACUGUUCGAAAGGUGUGAGUUCAUCAACAGUGAAAAGGUAAGAGAGGAGAGCGGGGUUUAAUCGAGUAUUUCCAAGAGAUGAAUCACCAUGGAUUCAAUGACUAGGAUUAUUCUAGACUAUUAUAUUCUAGACUAUAUAAUUAGUUCUAUGAUGAGAUAUAUUGAUUAAAAAGGAGGCAUUCAC